UGGGACUCCUCUCUUCCUCUGUGGAGCGCCACCUCCGCUCCAGCGAAAUCCACAUGACCCGGACCUUGCAAGUUCAACCCUAGCCAAGCCAUAGCCUGAACCUGCCUCAUCCCCCUUCCAAUUUAUCUUCGUUCUUCUUCAAACAUUCGAUCUUUUUUCCCUUAAUGUUCCCAUAGCCUUUCUCUCUCUCCCCAGGUCAUCGUUUCUCGGCUUCUUUCAGAAACCAUGUCUCAAAAUGGUUCCUGGGAUCGAAGACACCAACCUCGCGCUACCAGUGACGGCAAGGCAGACAACUUUGUAAACCCUAGUUUGGCCUCACUAUCUGAUUCGCGUAAGCUCUGUGCUAGUCCCAGAAUGGAUCACAAGCCCGAGAGUUAUGAUGACCUCCAAUUGGAAUUCAGCCCUCUUCUCUUCAGCUCCCUCGAGCAGUAUUUGCCUCCUCACAUGCUGAACGCACCACGUGACGCCAAGGUCCAUUACAUGAAGAACAUCCUAUUCCGGUAUUUGCCAGAAAGUGAACGCGCUCGGAUUCAAAGGCACAAGGAAUACAGGCAAAAGAUCAUAUUGAAUUAUCCACCGCUGCAUAAGGAGAUAUAUACUAUGCAUGCAGAAAACUUUUUCACACCAUCAUUCCUCAAAGCAGUUAGAGAUAAUGCAGAAGAGAGUUUUAGAAGUGUAAUAGAUGAACCAUCUGCAGGAAUUUAUACAUUUGAAAUGCUUCAGCCACAAUUUUGUGAAAUGUUGGUAUCUGAGGUGGAUCAUUUUGAGAGAUGGGUCCAUGAGACCAAAUUCAGAAUCAUGCGGCCUAACACAAUGAACCAAUAUGGCGCGGUGCUUGAUGAUCUUGGCAUGGAAACCAUGCUUGACAGAUUAAUGAAUGAUUACAUUAUUCCUCUAGCUCGAGUUUUCUUCGCUAGAGUUGGUGGAUCCUCGCUGGACUCUCAUCAUGGUUUUGUUGUGGAAUAUGGAAUGCAUAGAGAUGUUGAACUUGGCUUCCAUGUGGAUGAUUCAGAAGUCACUCUGAAUAUUUGCUUGGGAAAACAAUUUACAGGUGGAGAACUUUUCUUUCGGGGUGUCCGUUGUGAUGAACAUGUGAACACAGAGACCCAGCCAGAGGAAAUCUAUGAUUAUUGCCAUGUUCCUGGACGAGCAGUAUUUCAUAAUGGUCGUCAUCGGCAUGGUGCUCGAGCUACAACAUCUGGACAGCGAAUCAGUUUAAUUAUAUGGUGUAGAAGUUCAAUUUUUAGAGAGAUGAAGAAAUAUCUAAAAGAUUUUUCUAGCUGGUGUGGAGAAUGCAGACGCAAGAAAAAAGAGAGAGAACGCCUCUCAGUUGCUGCCACCAAACAGGAAUUACUGAAGAGGGAAGUUAAAUCCAUCUCCUGAACUCAUGCAUAUCCACAUCAUGGUUCUAAAUUUGCUGAUCACCCAAAUGUCAGCUCGAUGAUGUAGCUUUCUUCCCUCUACUUUUGUCUUUUUUAAUAGUUGUUGUAAUGCAGUGAAGGGUGUCCCAGGGUAGUGAUGUAUAGAUCAGCUGAAGUCCAUGUGAAAAAGAAUGGCCUGAAUCCUUUGAAUUCAAAAAAUGAAUAUAGAGGGUGCCGCCAUAUAGAGAGAAGGGGAAAUUGAAUGUUAGGCUUUGUACCUAAUGAUAUGUGGAUCCUGUACACAAGUAUGUUAUUUUUUUGUUUCGCUCUCUUUCUGGAUGUAUUUCUCUGCAUUCGUUUUUUGUGAUUGUAAGCAAAUAUCACCUUCCCCUCACACCAAGGUUUACCAGCUGAGCAUGUUGAUGCUGGUCUUUUGUAACUGGGUAGUGCAACGUGUGACAAGUGUUGUUCUUAUUCUAUAAAUAAUAAAGAGUAAUGUGAUUUGGCUUUUUAGUUGAGGGCAA